UAAUACAACCUGUCAAACACCUUGUGAGCCCGGUAACUUUGGAGAUGGUUGUGUGUCCAGGUGUGGAAACUGUAAAUCGGGACCGUGUGAUUUUGAGUCGGGGGAAUGUGAUGGAGGGUGUUCAGCAGGCUGGAAAGGGAAACUGUGUAAAACUGGCUGUUCUGAUGGGGAGUAUGGGGAGGAUUGUUUGGAGACUUGUGGGGCGUGUCGCAGACCUCCAUGUGACAUCCGUACUGGUCAGUGUGCAGGGGGAUGUCAGGACGGGUACACAGGAAUUCUCUGUAAAACAGAAUGUGAAGCUGGAUAUUUUGGGACCAACUGUAGUAGGACAUGUGGCCAUUGUUUGACAGGAAGCUGCCAUUUUGUGACAGGGGUGUGUUCAGCUGGAUGUAAGCCGGGGUGGCAGGGGAUCCAAUGUCUGGAAGCGUGUGAUGAUUUCAAGUUUGGUGAGAACUGCUCCAAUAAUUGUGGGUCGUGUCUCGGUAUGACCCCCUGUGAUAAGGAGACCGGGCUUUGUACUGGGGGGUGUGAGGACGGAUUUACUGGGGACCUGUGUAUGGAUUUGGUUCCAGUGGAGUUAUCAGACAAUACAUCGACGGGGAGUGUUAUUGGAGGCAUUGUGGCAGUACUGGUUAUUAUAGCCAUCAUUGUAAUUGUCGUCAUUGUCAUCAGACGUAGAAAGUUACAGACGCUAACAUUUGGUAAAAAAGGACAGGAUGAAGAAAAACGGCCUGUAGAACUGACUCAAAGUAAAGAAACGGAUCAGCUAAUAGCUAAUGAAUCCUCUAUGUCUGAUCCUCAUGAUGACACAGAUCCCAACCUGAAUGAGCCAAUAUACGCCAACGUUAACACCAAGAAGCAGAGCAGUCCUAUCAAAGUGGCCGACUUGUUUGAUUACAUCCGAGAAAACAAGAAAAACGAGUGUGAGGGAUUCAAAAAAGAGUUCAAUGAACUCCCCCAUGGGUUAAUGGCACUCUGUGAUGAAGCUAAGAAAUCCGAAAACAAACCUAAAAAUAGAUACGGAAACAUCACAGCCUAUGACCACUCCCGUGUUGUAUUGGAUCCACUCCUCAAUGACCCUAACUCAGAUUACAUCAAUGCCAACUUCAUAGAUGGCUACAACAGAAAAGGAGCUUAUAUCGCCUCACAAGGUCCCACUAAGGUGAUGAUUCGAGAUUUCUGGAGAAUGGUUUGGCAGAAGAGAGUCUGUAAGAUUGUCAUGCUGACCAACUUAAUGGAGGCCUGCAAGAAAAAAUGUGAGCAGUACUGGUCGGAGGAGGGGGCUGGUAAAUACGGGGACAUCUCGGUGGAAAUGUUAGACACGGCGGUGUUUAAUGACUUUACCAUCAGAACGUUCAAAAUAGCUGCAAAUGGAGUGAGUCGUAUUGUGAAACAGUUCCACUUCACCAGCUGGUCAGAUCACGGUGCCUUGAUUUACCCCACCCCUCUGUUGACCUUUAGACGUAAAGUUCGGAUGUACAGUCCGGACAGCACGGCUCCUAUAGUGGUUCAUUGCAGUGCUGGUAUCGGUCGGUCGGGGACAUACAUUGCCUUAGACUAUCUACUGGAUCAGGCUAGAAAUGAGAACAUUGUAGACGUCCUGAAGUGUGCUCAGCUGAUGAGGGCCAACAGAAUCAACAUGAUCCAGACGUGGGAGCAGUAUGUGUUUGUUUACGAGACGAUACUGGAGGCCACCCUGGCAGGGGAGACAACUAUCGCACACUCAGCAUUCCGUGCUCAGUACGAGGAGCUGUGUCAGCCACCAGACAACGGGGGACCAGCCAAAAUGGAGGAACAGUUCAAGGUGCUGCAGAAGUUAACUACUAGUAUUGACAGUUCGCAGUUUAAAGAAGCAUUAGACCCCGAGAAUGUUAGCAAAAACAGAGUGAAAAAUAUUCUGCCAGCAAAGCGAUGCCGCCCAAAUUUGUACACUCAAGUAGAGGGAUGCAAUAACUAUAUUAAUGCCAUGUUUCUACCUGGCUACCUCCAUCGUGACUCCUUUAUUGUGACACAGAUGCCUCUGCCUAACACAGUGGCUGACUUUUGGAGAAUGCUAUAUGACUAUAAUUCCCACACUGUAGUCAUGCUGAAUGAGUUUGAUAGAAAUGACAAGAGCUGUGCCUUGUACUGGCCGGAGGAGUACGGUUAUACAGUGGAGUACGACCCACUCAGUAUAGAGUUACUGUCCUCUACUGAAGAUAACAAUGUCUCCAUCCGAAUCUUCAAACUCAGCAAUCGCAUCAAAAAAGAGGAGCGAGCAAUCAAACAGUUCCAGUUAAAGUCCUGGACUGAGAACCAGAUCGUGCCAAGUAACCCCGACUCCAUGAUGCAGGUCAUAGAGAUGGUCUACGAUUGGAUGAAACAGAACGGCAAAGGACCAAUCACAGUCCAUUGCAUGAACGGUGCUAAGAAGAGUGGAUUAUUCUGUGCCAUUAACCUGAUGUUUGAGAGAAUGCAGCGAGACCAUGAGGUGGACGUAUUCCAAACCCUGAAAACCAUCCGAGUCAACCGACCUCAGUUUAUAGAGGACAUUGAGCAAUACCAGUUUUGUUACCAGAUGGCCCUCAAGUAUCUAGAUUACAAUGAUCUCUGAACGUUACAGAUCUGACUGGCCGUGUAUCACUCGCGGAUUUAAUCGAGUCGUCAGCAUUAUCAUGACAUUGUGUUAGUUGUACCAUUACCAUAUAACCAUAGCUGUAUAAAUGUCUCUCCAAUACCAAGUUUUUAUAUCCAUAUGAUGGUAACUGUGUGACUUGGUCCAGUUAACAGGUGCUCUGGUCCAUUCCUGGUUGUGUUACUUAUUAUAGACGGGUUGUCUGGGUUAAUUGAAAGCUUUACUAGUUAUAUUUUACACAGUUUACCUUUACAUGCAGGUUGUGAAAUAUUCCAUACUGUGAUUUGUAAAAAAAAAAACAACAUUUUUUUUUCUCCAUUGUUUUUAAUAGUUAUAUAUAUAUUUGUCAGAAUGUAUUAAAAUAUGGUUAAGUAUUACUGUGUAAAAGAUAUAUAUUUUUAUAUGUAUGUUUUAAUCCUAAGGCUAUUUUACAUUCCAGUUACAAAUUAUGAUGGUAUAAAAAUUUGCUACAUGUACAUGGGUAUUUAAAAGACUGUAUAUUGUUUUUAUUAUUCAAAAUACAAAAAAAAAAUCAUAUCCAUUCAUAAACAGAUAUGUUGGACAAACAUAUACAUAUUAAAAUGUGUCCAAUCUUUGAACAAAUGUUAUGAAAUAUGUGCUGCUUAUAUUUUUUCAUAAAAUUUAUUUUACAGAUUCUGUUUUAUAACUUUAAGGACCAAAUUACUUUCAUUCCAGAUUUUUUCCAUUGAUAAUUCUUUACUCUCAGCCUAAAAACAAGUAUGUAGGACUAACCUUUGUUUCACAUAAAAAUUUGUUGUAAAUGAAUGCUCAUAAUAUUGGAAAUACUCAAUUCAUAUUGAUAAAUUCUUAAUUUUUUAACUUCAUUUAAACUCGGUCAAUUUUACACUAAGAAUCUUUCAUCAUACAUGUAAUUCUAUUUAAUGAGGAUCUUUUGAUAGAAAAUUUGAAAGCAUUUCUUUUUCAGCUAUUAAAGGUUUUAGUAUAUUGAAAUCAUGUGUACUGAACAAUUACUUACUAAUGAAUGUUUAACUGUUUGUAAACUUGUUAGGUUGUUAAACAACUGUCUUCUUCAUUUGUUAUGUCCUGUCACACAAUGUUAAAAACAUUCCUUUGUUCAUACUUACACGUACAAAUGUAAAUAUUAAAAUGUACACAGGUCCUUUUUGUAUAUAUCUUCAUGUAUAUUUUACUUUCUCUCUUUUGUAUUCUUGAUCAUUUUCUUCAUACCUUAAGUCAGUUUUAAAGAAAUUUGUACAUUUCCACUUAAAGUCAUAAAAAUCGAGUAAUAGGCCCUAUUUAAUUUCAAGGUAUACAUUAAUAACUCUUAUCAAUUGACCAUAACUUCAGCUUAGAAAGAAUAUUGAGAUAACUUAUAGUAAGCUUGUUGCUGAUUUAGAUUUCUUUUUAUGGUAUCAAUGAUUUAUAUUCAGUUCUGGAAGGUCUUUUCAUGGUUGUGAAUAAUAUUGAUACAUGUAUAUCUUCUCUGCUUAGUCAGGACAAUUUUUUUUGUCCAAUUUUAACAAGACCUAAAAGACUUUUUAUGUUACUCCAAGUUUUGCCAAAACAAUCAUGAUUGUAAAAAUAGCUUACAUAAAUAAAAG